UACUGCUCAUUUCUUACCAUGCUUUCAAAAGAUUUAUUGUCUUCUUAAAACAAAACAGCUGAUUCAAAGUUUUCCAAACAUUUGCUUGGGGUGAGAAGGCUGAGGAGCAGAGCGACAGGCAGGGGAGGGGGCACCAGGGAAUUGUCUGCACCGGAAAUGAUUUUGGUAAUAUGCCAGUGAGUGACCGUGCUCCUCUAGCCUUCAUAGUUACCGUGGUUCUCGGGAACUAGGAUUUCCUUUCAUUCCCUGUCACGCACUGAGGGAGGGUGGUCAGCUGGCCAGACCCCGACUGUGUCACAUGUGGGGAUGUCCUCUGGCUCCCAGUUGCCAGGAACGGAGGGGAGUCGCUGGCCUUCACGGUCAAGUGUAGGCUCCGUGGCCCGGCAUGCCGAACUCCAAGACCUGCUCCCUGCCCGCCUCUGCUGCCUCCCACCACGCCCGUCCUGCACUUCUCACCAUAGUGCAAGCAGACUGUGUGAGAUUACUAAUCCUAGCAUACCUUACAGAGAUCUGUGUGCCAGGCACUGGGCAGAAGGAUACCGCGGUGCCCGGCCCUCAGGCACAAAACCAAGCUAUUUGAUCUCUGGAGAAGGAUCCUUUCCCUUCCUGCUUGGGUCCCAUCUGCACCCUUUGACUUCGGGUGGAAACGCUGUCUCAUCAGCCACCUGCCCACACACCCUGGACAUCUGUGCUCUCUCUGACCCCUCUCCCUCCUCAGCGUGGGGCAGGACCCCAGAUCCACCCUCUGCAUCAGCUCCUUUGGCUUCCCCUUAGCCGUAGGCUUCCCCUUAGCCUUAGCUCUGGGUUGUUUGUAUUUUCCUGUCCCAAACAGCUCCCGCCCCCCGCCCCCCAAGUCUCCAUUUCUUUCUCUCUCUUCCCUUAGUCCUCCGAAUCACCAGCCCAGUACUGUGUUUUCCUCCUCAGCAAUGCACAGUCUGCAACCUGCUGUUUUAAACAAUCGGAUUUUGUCUUAGGAAGUCCUAUUGAAUUCCCCUAAAAUGUUAACAAUUCCUGUGACACCCCCCUGCCUCCCACCCCUGCCCCCUGUCCUUGGUCUCCUUCCCUGGGCCCUGUCCUGUUCCGGCCUCCGGGCUAGACACUGCCCCCACCCCACCCCGACCCCCACCCCCAGCCAGCCCUGCCUUCCCUCACUUCCCAGUCUCCUCUGCUUCUGGCAGCUUCGGGACCCCUGCCCCUGGCUUCUCAUCCAUGCUGUAUGGAAUGAAGAUCGCAAAUCUGGCCUAUGUCACCAAGACUCGGGUCAGGUUCUUCAGACUCGACCGCUGGGCCAAUGUGUGGUUCCCAGAAAAGAGGAGAGUGAGGCUGGGGUCAGACGUCAGCAAACACCACAAGUCACUACUGGCCAAGAUCUUCUACGACAGGAGGUGCUGACCUUGAGGCUUCGGAAUGGAGGGACCCAGCCUGUCACCCUCACUCACCUUUUCCCGCUCUGCCGGACCCCCCAGUUCUCCUUCUACGAUGGGGACCAGGAGCUGCCCUGCCCCCUGGGCCCCGGCGACUGCUAUGAGCUGCACGUCCACUGCAAGACCAGCUUCGUGGGCUACUUCCCGGCCACGGUGCUCUGGGAGCUGCUGGGCCCCGGGGAGCCGGGUUCAGAAGGAGCUGGCACUUUUUACAUCGCCCGCUUCUUGGCUGCCGUGGCCCACAGCCCCCUGGCCGCACAGCUGAAGCCCACGACUCCCUUCAAGCGGACCCGGAUCACUGGAAACCCUGUGGUGACCAGCCGGAUAGAGGAAGGAGAGAGACCUGACCGCGCUAAGGGCUAUGACCUGGAGCUGAGUAUGGCGCUGGGGACUUAUUACCCACCCCCUCGCCUCCGGCAGCUGCUCCCAAUCCUACUUCAGGACACAAGUAUCUUCACUGCCCCAAAGGAGAUUGCUGAGAUCAAGGCCCAGCUGGAGACAGCCCUGCAGUGGAGAAGCUACGAAGUGAAGCUCCGGCUGCUGCUGCACCUGGAGGAGCUGCAGAUGGAGCAUGACAUCCGGCACUAUGACCUGGAGUCAGUGCCCAUGACCUGGGACCCCGUAGACCAGAACCCCAGGCUGCUCACACUGGAGGUUCCCGGGGUGACCGAGAGCCGCCCCUCAGUGCUACGGGGUGACCACCUGUUCGCACUUCUGUCCUCUGAGACACAUCAGGAGGACCCUGUCACCUACAAGGGCUUUGUACACAAGGUGGAAUUGGACCGUGUCAAGCUGAGCUUUUCCACGAGCCUCCUGAGCCGCUUUGUGGAUGGGCUGACCUUCAAGGUGAACUUCACCUUCAACCGCCAGCCCCUGCGCGUGCAGCACCGCGCCCUGGAGCUCACAGGCCGCUGGCCGCUGUGGCCCAUGCUCUUUCCUGUGGCCUCCCGUGGGGUCCCACUGCUGCCCUCGGAUGUGAAGCUCAAGCUGUACGACCGCAGUCUGGAGUCGAACCCCGAGCAGCUGCAGGCCAUGAAGUACAUCGUUAUGGGCACUACCCGCCCAGCCCCCUACAUCAUCUUCGGGCCUCCAGGCACUGGCAAGACUGUCACCCUAGUGGAAGCCAUUAAGCAGGUGGUAAAGCACUUGCCCAAAGCCCACAUCUUGGCCUGCGCUCCAUCCAACUCAGGAGCUGACCUUCUCUGUCAGCGGCUCCGGGUCCACCUGCCCAGCUCCAUCUACCGCCUCCUGGCCCCUAGCAGGGACAUUCGCAUGGUGCCCGAAGACAUAAAGCCCUGCUGUAACUGGGAUGCAAAGAAAGGGGAUUAUGUGUUUCCCGCCAAGAAGAAGCUGCAGGAAUAUCGUGUCUUAAUUACCACCCUCAUCACGGCCAGCAGAUUGGUUUCCGCUCAAUUCCCCAUCGAUCACUUCACACACAUCUUCAUCGAUGAGGCUGGCCACUCCAUGGAGCCCGAGAGUCUGGUGGCCAUAGCAGGGCUGAUGGAAGUCAAGGAGACAGACAAUCCAGGAGGGCAGUUGGUGCUGGCAGGAGACCCUAGGCAGCUGGGGCCCGUGCUGCGCUCCCCACUGACCCAGAAGCAUGGCCUGGGGUACUCACUGCUGGAGCGGCUGCUGACCUACAAUGCCCUGUACAAGAAGGGCUCCAAUGGCUAUAACCCCCAGUUCAUAACCAAGCUGCUACGCAAUUACAGGUCCCACCCCACCAUACUGGAUAUCCCUAACCAACUCUAUUACGACGGGGAGCUGCAGGCUUGUGCCGACAUUGUGGACCGAGAGCGCUUCUGCCACUGGGAGGGUCUGCCGCAACAGGGCUUUCCCAUCAUCUUUCACGGCGUCAUGGGCAAGGACGAGCGUGAGGGCAAUAGCCCAUCAUUCUUCAACCCCGAAGAGGCUGCCACUGUGACCUCCUACCUGAAGCUGCUCCUGGCCCCCUCCUCCAAGAAGGGCAAAGCCCGCCUGAGCCCCCGAAGUGUGGGCGUCAUCUCUCCCUAUCGGAAGCAGGUGGAAAAAAUCCGUCAUUGCAUCACCAAACUUGACAAGGAGCUUCGAGGACUGGAUGACAUCAAAGACUUGAAGGUGGGCUCCGUGGAAGAGUUCCAAGGCCAGGAACGCAGCGUCAUUCUCAUCUCCACCGUGCGGAGCAGUCAGAGCUUUGUGCAGCUGGACCUGGACUUUAACCUGGGUUUCCUCAAGAACCCCAAGAGGUUCAACGUGGCAGUGACCCGCGCCAAGGCCUUGCUCAUCGUGGUGGGCAACCCACUCCUCCUGGGCCACGACCCCGACUGGAAAGUAUUCCUGGAGUUCUGUAAAGAAAACGGGGGCUACACCGGCUGCCCCUUCCCGGCCAAACUGGACCUCCAGCAAGGACAGAACCUCCUGCAGGGUCUGAGCAAGCUCCGGCCCUCUACCUCAGGAGCGGGAGGAAGAAGAUGGCCUGUCCCUGCAAGUAGAGCCCGAGUGGAGGAACGAGCUCUGAAGACACCGCAGACCGCUUUCUCACACCAGCCAAGCCUUAACCACCCGCACACCCCUGCCCCAGAGCCCUGUCUGAACCCAAGCCCAGCGGCACUGCCCCUCCAAAGGACCUGAAGGCUGGGGGAGGGAGUUUACAACCCAAGCCAUUCCACCCCCUCCCCCCUGCUGGGGAGAAUGACACACCAAGCUGCUAACAAUUGGGGGAAGAGGGAGGAAGAAAAACUGAAAACAAAAUCUUGUUCUAUGCAAAA